AAGUGUGUCAGAGCACAAGUCCACUCCCUUUUGGGGUCUGUGAGGUGUGAACGGGCACCCGGCCCCUCUGUCUCCGACCCUCCCCCAGGCCUGGCCAAGGGAGAAGAGGAGGCCGAGCGGAUCGAGUCAGUGUUGCUGGCGUGAGGCCCCGCUGGAGGGCUCGGAGGAUCCCGAGAGGCAGUGCGGGGUUCUCCCUGGGGCCACUGCCGCCUUCUGGGCCCUUGGGGCUGGGAGCCAAAGGAGUGGAGGGAGCCGGCUCCAGGCGGGCGCCGUGGAUGGCGUGGCAGGUGAGCGUGCCCGAGCUGGAGGACCGCCUGCAGUGCCCCAUGUGCCUGGAGGUCUUCAAGGAGCCCCUGAUGCUGCAGUGCGGCCACUCCUACUGCAAGGGCUGCCUGGCGGCCCUGUCCCGCCACCUGGCCUCGGCGCUGCGCUGCCCCGUGUGCCGGCGGGAGGUGGACUACAGCAGCUCCCCACCCAAUGUCUCCCUGGCCAAGGUGAUCGAAGCCCUGCAGCUCCCCGGGGACCCGGAGCCCCAGGUGUGUGUGCACCACCGGAACCCCCUCAGCCUCUUCUGCGAGAAGGACCAGGAGCUCAUCUGCGGCCUCUGCGGCCUGCUGGGCGCCCACCAGCACCACCGGGUCACGCCCGUCUCCACCGUCUACAGCCGCAUGAAGGAGGAGCUAGCAGCCCUCAUCUCCGACCUGAAGCAGGAGCAGAAGAAGGUGGAUGAGCAAAUGGCCAAACUGGUGAACAACAGGACUCGGAUUGUGAACGAGUCUGAUGUCUUCAGCUGGGUGAUCCGGCGUGAGUUCCAGGAGCUCCACCACCUGGUGGACGAGGAGAAGGCCCGCUGCCUGGAGGGGGUGGAGGGCCACACCCGUGGCCUUGUGGCCUCCCUGGACAUGCAGCUGGAGCAGGCCCGAGGCGCUCGGGAGCGGCUGGUCCAGGCCGCGGGUGUGCUGGAGCAGUUCGGCAAUGAGAGUCACCACGAGUUCAUCCGGAAGUACCACGCCAUGGCCUCCAGCCCAGAGCUCCAGCAGGCCCGACUCUCGGAAGGUGCCUUCAGCCCCAUCUCCUUCAAGCCAGGCCUGCACCAGGCUGACAUCAAGCUGACGGUGUGGAAAAGGCUUUUCCGAAAGGUUCUGCCAGCCCCGGAGUCCCUCAAGCUGGACCCGGCCACGGCCCACCCGCUCCUGGAGCUCUCCAAGGGCAACACGGUGGUGCAGUGCGGGCUCCUGGCCCGGCGGCGCGCCAGCCAGCCUGAGCGCUUCGACUACAGCACAUGUGUCCUGGCCAGCAGGGGCUUCUCCUGUGGCCGCCACUACUGGGAGGUGGCGGUGGGCAGCAAGAGCGACUGGCGCCUGGGGGUCAUCAAGGGCACGGCCAGUCGCAAGGGCAAGCUGAGCAAGUCCCCGGAGCACGGCGUGUGGCUCAUCGGCCUGAAGGAGGGCCGCGUGUAUGAGGCCUUCAGCUGCCCCCGGGUGCCCCUGCCCGUGGCGGGCCACCCCCACCGCAUCGGCGUCUACCUGCACUACGAGCAGGGGGAGCUCACCUUCUUCGACGCUGACCGCCCCGACGACCUGCGGCCACUCUACUCGUUCCAGGCCGACUUCCAGGGCAAGCUGUACCCCAUCCUGGACACGUGCUGGCACGAGAGGGGCAGCAACUCCCUGCCCAUGGUGCUGCCGCCACCCAGUGGGCCCAGCCAGCUCUCCCCACUGCAGCCCACCAAGCUGUAGGGCUGCCUUUUCGCUUGCCAUGGGGGCUUGAGGGGUCCUGCUGACUCCGGUGAGCAGAGGCGAUGACUUCCUUGUUUGGGGAGGUCUUUGCCUGGGUGCCCCUAGAAACAUUUAUUGUUGGGAGAAUGCCUACGGUAGCCAGGGGCAUGUUUAUUAACCUCUAUCUGGGCUAUUAACCUGCUUAUUAGCCAGCAGAGCCAGGCCUUGGGGUCCAAGGAUCAAGCUGGGCUUCCCUUGUGCACGCACGCUCAAGUCACUUCAGUCAUGUCUAACUCUUUGAGACCCCAUGGACUGUAGCCCGCCAGGCUCCUCUGUCCAUGGGGAUUCUCCAGGCAAGAAUACUGGAGUGGGCUGCCAUGCCCUCCUCCAGAUCUUCCCAACCCAGGGAUCAAACCCAGGUCUCUCAUAUCCUCUGUGUUGGCAGGCAGGUUCUUUACCACCCGUGCCACUUGAGAAGACCAGCCUUCCCUCAGCCCCUCCUAACCAUGAUUGCUGCUUACUCUUCCUCCUGAGGGUGGAAACACUCCCACACAUAAUUCCCCCAUCACUAUGAACUUUAAGGAUAAUAAAACAGACGUUAUUUCUUCCUUGUCAAAUGAUUUGCAAUGAUCAGUUGCUGCCCAUGCACGCUGCUUUAUGCUCAGGUCUUUAAAAGCAGCUCCAGCCUCUGGUGGGGCCGCAUCUCACAGCCCUUUGAUUUCCACACCAUCGCGUGGGCAACAAGGCCCCCGUGAGCUGCUGCCUUUGGCUAAUCUUCCUCCUGCCGUCUGUGUAAGUAAUAAUCAAAAGCUGCUUCUUGUCUCUCUUUUUGAAAAUUUAAAAAAUUUACUUGUUAAUUUUUUGGCCAUGCUGGGUCUUCACUGCUGUGCGCAUGCUUUCUCUAGUUGCGAUGGGCAGGCUUCUCACCGCAGUGGCU